GGACGGGGAAGGAGUUCUGAGGAGAGGGGGGUACAGGGACCCUGGGAGAGGAGGGGGAGAGGGAGUCCUGGGGGGUGAGCUGGUUUGGAGGGGUUAAAGCAAAAGGUUGACCCGAGGGUGAAGCCGUGCCAGAGGGAGGUGAACCCCAGCAGGCGGGGAGAGAGAGAGAGCGGAAGUGAUUGAUCCCUGGCAGGUGGGUUGGGGUCAGGGGGGCAGCGAUGAUCAGAGGAAGGGGAAGAUAUCAGAGGCUGCGAGGCGUCGCCGUGCUGUCGUUUUAGUACCCCACCGCCGGCCCGCUGCUCCUGCCACCGACGUCUCUGCAGUCUUGGAACUGGCCGAGGACGGAAUGUGUGAGAGUAACAGAGAUUCCAGGAGCCCCGACAGCUCUUCCAUGAAUUCUCCGCAACACCACCGGUCACUGAACAGCUCGCCGCCCCUGCAUUCUUCCGUGGUCGGGUCAGGGAUCUCGUCGUCUGUCAACUCGCCGGCCAGCAGCAUUGGCUCCCCCUUCUCAGUCAUCAGCUCCUCCAUGGGCUCACCCACGCUGCCGACAACCCACUCCCUCAGCUAUGGCUCGAUCAGCAGCCCUCACAUCAACUCCACGGUGAACAUGUCAGGGAUACAUGCCGUCAGCAGCUCCGACGACAUCCAGUUGUCACUGGGGGCAAACCCGGCUCUCUCCUACCCAGCCGGCUCCACCACCUCAUCCCUGAGGCGCGUCUGUUCCAUUUGUGGAGACAGGUCUUCAGGCAAACACUACGGGGUGUACAGCUGUGAGGGCUGCAAGGGCUUCUUCAAGCGCACGGUGCGCAAGGACCUCACCUACACCUGCCGCGACAGCAAGGACUGCACGGUGGACAAGCGCCAGCGCAACCGCUGCCAGUACUGCCGCUACCAGAAGUGUCUGGCCACGGGCAUGAAGCGUGAAGCCGUCCAGGAGGAGAGGCAGCGGAGCCGGGAGAGGGGCGAGGAGGCGGAGUCCACCAGCGGCGCCAACGACGAGAUGCCAGUGGAGAAGAUCCUGGAAGCGGAGCUGGCCGUGGAGCAGAAACCCGACCUGCAGGCGGACGGGUCGGCGAGCGACGGGACUUCGAUGGAUGCGAUUUCCCGAGUCCUCGCUGAGGCCGAGCCCCAAGCCACAGUCAUACGCCGUGUGGUGACAGCUACAAAACCCAACGACCCGGUGACGAACAUCUGCCAGGCUGCGGACAAGCAGCUCUUCACGUUGGUGGAGUGGGCGAAGCGCAUCCCCCAUUUCUCUGACCUCCCGCUGGACGAUCAGGUCAUCCUCCUGAGAGCAGGUUGGAAUGAGCUCCUGAUCGCCUCGUUCUCCCACCGGUCGAUAACCGUGAAGGAUGGGAUCCUCCUCGCCACUGGACUCCAUGUUCACCGCAACAGCGCGCACAGCGCCGGGGUUGGAGCCAUCUUCGACAGGGUCCUCACCGAGUUGGUCUCCAAGAUGAGGGACAUGCAGAUGGACAAGUCGGAGCUCGGCUGCCUCCGUGCCAUCAUCCUCUUCAACCCUGAUGCGAAGGGACUGUCCAAUCCGGCCGACGUGGAGGUUCUCCGGGAGAAGGUUUACGCUUCACUCGAGUCGUACUGCAAGCAGAGGUACCCCGACCAGUUGGGCAGGUUUGCCAAGCUCCUUCUGCGUCUGCCCGCACUGCGCUCCAUCGGCCUCAAGUGCCUGGAGCACCUCUUCUUCUUCAAGCUGAUCGGGGACACCCCCAUCGACACCUUCCUGAUGGAGAUGCUGGAGGCCCCCCACCAGUUGUCCUGAGCCCCAGCUCUGAGGAGGUGCCAAGGUGGCGGAGGCAUGGAGUGUGGGGCACUCGACACCGCGGCGAGCAGGGGGAAAGGCGCUGGGAGCAAACAGCGGGAGCCGGGAGAGGGUCUCCGGAGACGCGGGCCCUGGUUUUGUCUCUGACCUCGUCGGCUGUCUGUGUGUGAACUCCCAGAGCAGGGUCUUGCAUCACUCCCGAUGCAUUCGGCACUUUGGAGGGGUUACCCUGACAACCAGUGACCACGGCCACAUCGAGGAUGCUGCAAGGGACAGUGGGCUGCCUCGGAGGCUCCAUCGGGAGGGGCAGGGUCGAGGAGAAGCCCCUCGGGAUCAGUGCAGGACUGUGAUCGACAAACUCUCCUUGGGCUGCCUGCUCCAUGGAUGGCCUCCAUUUGCAGUUGUCUCUGUUGGGUGUGCUCUGUCCUGCAGAGGUCCAGCGUCAAGGAGGCUCCCUGCUCAUCAGUGGGACGCUGCCCCUGUGUUUUACUCCAGCUAGGAACUCUGCUUAUCAUGUACCCUGGAGCCUCAUGAUCUGUGGACGUUCCGACUGAGGCACAAUGAUGGGUAGAUUAACAAAUUAACACUGUCCCACCCCUGCGUGUGUGAUGGGACGGUGUAGAGGAAGCUGUACUCUAGCCUGAGUUGUACCUGCUCUGGGAAUGUGUCAUGGGGCAGUGUAGAGGGAGCUUCACGCUGUGUCUGACCCUGGGAGUGUGUGAUGGGACGGUGUAGAGGGAGCUUCACCCUGUGUCUGACCCCGGGAGUGUGUGAUGGGACGGUGUAGAGGGAGCUUCACUCUGUGUCUGACCCCAGGAGUGUGUGAUGGGACGGUGUAGAGGGAGCUUCACCCUGUGUCUGACCCCGGGAGUGUGUGAUGGAACGGUGUAGAUGGAGCUUCACUCUGUGUCUGACCCCAGGAGUGUGUGAUGGGACAGUGUAGAGGGAGCUUCACUCUGCGUCUAACCUGAGUUGUAGCUCCCACAGUGUCUGCAACCAGAGGUGCUGGACGCUGGUGUCCUGAGAGGAGCCAAAUACUGGUCAACACUAACGUCUCGUGGGAUUUCAGUGACAUGGGUCCGGAGAGCCUCAGAGACUACCUGUUCACACCACUGAGGGGAAACACUGGGCCUCACUACAUGAGGAACAAGGGAGAAUUGUCGUGCUUUUGCUUCAGAGUCCGUUCCAUCGAAUAGUCGCAUCAGCUUUCUGCUGGUUUGGUGAUGGCUGCGAUUGGCAAUGCAACAUGUUCAACUAAAUAAUCUUGGCAUUGUGAUGUUUUGACCUGUAUUUUGCUACAAAACCCAUACAUAAAAGAAAUCACUGACUCCA